AGGAUGGACGUCCCCAUCACCCUCGCCCACGUCUUUCCACCAUGCUGUUCCUGGCUGCAUGCUGUGCCCGGAAACCCGUGCCCACCCCGCUGCCGCUGCCCACAUCCAUGUCAGAUGGACAGCUGACAUCACACUGGCCAGCGGAGACAGCUGAGCCGGAGGCCUGAGACCACGUCAAAUCAUUGCUGACCGUGUAACCAGCGGGGAGUCAGCGGACCAAGGGCGUCUGCAGCCCUCUGCACCUCCACCUACCUGGGCAGUGGCCUCGGCACCACUCAAGCUGGGGGCCGCCUGGGAGGUGCCGUUGUGGGGCUGGUACCUCCCACCUCGAACAUCUCCCCGUGGACUUGUCAUCAUGGGAUACCACAUCACUCAUGUCCUGCAUUUGCCCUGCUUCCACUUCCUGAGUGGGACUCAGGCUUCUGUGUGCCUGCGGACACUGGGCUGCUGAAGUUGCCUGGACCAGUGACCACAGGGCAGUUGGGUGUGUCCUGUGCUCUCUCUUCCGGCCACCUGCCUCAUCUUGACCUGGUUGCCUGCGGUAGGAAGGGCACUCCCAGCCCUCUGGAAGCUUCCUAGGCUUCCCCUGACCUCAGAUCCUGUCUCUUCCUGCCUCUUCCCCUAGCCAGCAGCUCUGGCUCUGGUUUGAGGCCCUCCCUGGUGGGGCUGCUCUGGGGGACGUGGUCCGGGGUAGGCAGGAAGGGCAGCCCUCCCUCUCUGGCAGCCUUGGGCUGUGUAUGUGUGCAUGUGUAUAUAUGUAUUUGUGACUCCCUCUGAUUUGUUUCUGUGUUUUGUUGGCCAGUCCUGAAUUGUUGGAGGCAGGUGGGUGAGAGCUGGUAGCCUCUCUGGGUCCCUCAGGACAGACAUGUCACUGAGGGUGACCCGUUGUGCCUGCUGACAGACUGGCUUCUGCUGCGUGCUGGCUGUAGGGGCCAGGCCAGUGCGCACCAGAGCUAUGUGAUCGGUCGUGUCGUGCUCUUGAAGUUUCUUCUUAAAUAAGAGGAGCCUCAUCUGGACCCUACCCCCAGCCCUGUGCAGUUGCCAAAGAGCCUGGUGCUGCCCUGGCCACAGGAGCCGGCCUGCUGUGUGCCUCAACACGGCCUCUGCCACUUCCCUCGGUGAACCCUACAGGGCCAGACAGAGGCACGCACAGCUUGAGUCCUGGGCAUCCUGGGACAGAGUGGCCCUCUUCUGUGAUGCAGCGUCAUUGUCAUUAAACAGGAUGUGGACUUGAGUAGCAAGGAUGACUGCUGUCUGUGGGUCCUGUCAGCAAUGACUAUGUUUCCCUGGAGGGGCCCCGCUGGACACCGGCCAUCAAGCAGGCCACGCGCUGGAAGGACACGCCCAUGGGACGGGAUGCGGCCGGCCAGCUGUGGUACACGGGCCUGACCAACUCGGACCCCCGCGAAGCCUGGUACAACCUCCCCCGGGCCCUGGACAGCCCCUACCGCGAGGCCUACGCCCGCUGGCACGGCUGCUACGACAACCGGCAGCGGAGCCUGCCCCCCGGUGAGUGCGCCGCGCCGCCGCGCCGGGCCCCAGGCCGGCGAGGGCGUGGGGGGGGGGAGAUGCUGGUGGCCCCAAGUGACCCCCAGCUCCCCGCAGCCUACACGCAGCACCUGCGGGAGACGGCCUGGCACGACCCCGUCGUUCCCGCGCAGUACCGGAGCCCGCACACCCGCUGGGGAAGCGUGCUGUGGAAGGACAGGCCCUUCCGGGGCAAGGAGUACGUGCUCAACAGGAACCGGUUCGGGGCGGAGCCGCCGUGGCGGGCGUGCGACUACGUGCCGUACCUGUCGGCGCCGCAGCGACCGCGCUACAUCAUGCAGAGCCCCCGGCAGUGGGGCCAGGAGCCCUGCUGCGCGUCCCCGUGCCUGCGGGCCCGGCGCGAGCGCUCGCCCACGUUUCGAUAAAGCUCAUGC